CGACGUCAGUUUUUGUUGUCACUGUCGUUUAGUAGAUCAACGAAACCAUGCCAGUGAUGCGGUCGAGACUUUGUUAAACGAAUUCAGCACUUGACACAACAGGACAACAAUGCAGACCGCAAGAGGCUCUUAUCAUAACCUGGCUGCGCUGGUAGAAGGUGGAUUGGGCCAGGAGGUGCAGCCCAGCCCGCUGUCAGGACUUGGCCGCCCACUCGCAACCUCGCGACUGAGCCAGGAGAGCCAUGAAGGGAAAACGACAAGGCUUAUUAUCGUGUCCAACCACCUGCCGCUGCGAGUAAAGCGGGCCACCACGAGCUGGGAGUUCGAAUGGGACGAGGAUGCUCUCGUUGGGCAGGCAAAGGAGGGCAUUCCGUCCGACCUCGAGGUUAUGUAUGUCGGAUCUCUCCCAGUGGACGUCGCGUUGGAGGAGCAGGACGCGGUGGCCGCCCAGCUGAAACGGCUAUACAACUGCUGUCCGGUUUUCAUGGAAAAGGAGUUGAAGGAGAAGUUCUACAAAGGCUGCUGCAAGCAGCAGAUGUGGCCGCUGUUCCACUACGUGCUGCCCAUGUCGCCGGAGAGCUCGGGCCGGUUCGACCAGGAGAUGUGGCAGGCCUACGUCAAGGCGAACAAGGUGUUCUGCGAGAAGGUGGUUGAGGAGUCGGCCACCGACACCGACUACGUGUGGAUCCAUGACUACCACUUGCUUGUGCUGCCCUCGCUGCUGCGCAAGCGCUUCAACCGCAUCCGCUGCGGCCUGUUCCUGCACUCGCCCUUCCCCUCCUCCGAGAUAUUCCGCACCUUCCCCAAGCGCGAGGAGCUGCUGCGCUCGCUGCUCAACGCCGACCUCAUCGGCUUCCACACGUUCGACUACGCGCGCCACUUCCUGUCCUGCUGCAGCCGCAUGCUGGGCCUGGAGCACGAGACCUCGCGCGGCUCCAUCACCAUCGACUACUACGGCCGCACCGUGGGCAUCAAGAUCAUGCCCACAGGCGUGAACCCCAAGCGCUACCUGGACGGCUUCAGCUGGGACGAGUUCAAGUGGCGGCGCGGCGAGCUGGUGGCGCAGUACGGCGGGCUGACGGUGCUGGUGGGCUGCGACGACCUGGACGUGUUCAAGGGUGUUGAGCUCAAGCUGCUGGCGCUGGAGCGGCUGCUGGACACACACCCCGAGUGGCGGGGGCAGCUGGUGCUGGUGCAGAUCACCAACCCGCCUCGCUCCACGGGUCGCGACAUUGCGGAGCUGCACCGCUGCGUGCUGGGGCUGGUGGACAGCAUCAACCGCAAGUACGGCAAGGGCUCCUACCAGCCGGUGCAGUACCUGGAGCGGCACGUGCCACUGCACGAGCGCAUGGCCUUCUACUCCAUUGCCGACUGCGCCGUGGUCACCGCCACCCGCGACGGCAUGAACCUGGUGCCGUACGAGUACGUGGUGUGCCGCCAGGGGCCGGACGGCUGGGACGGCGGCGCGGCGGCGGGCGGCGCGCCGGGCGGCGGCGGCAGCAAGCGGGAGAGCAUGCUGGUGGUGUCGGAGUUCGUGGGCUGCUCGCCCUCGCUGUCGGGCGCCAUCCGCGUCAACCCCUGGUCGGUGGAGUCCACGGCGGACGGCAUCUACGCCGCCAUCAAGCUGCCCCGCGAGCACCGCGCGCUGCGGCACGACAAGCACUGGCGCUACGUGAGCCAGCACACAGUGGCCUACUGGGCCACCAGCUUCGUGGCGGACCUGCAGCGUGUGACCAAGAACCACGUGGCCAUGAAGUGCUACGGGCUGGGUCUGGGUCUGGACACCUUCCGUAUGGUGGCGCUGGACGCCAACUUCAGGAGGCUGGAGGAGCGCGCAGUGGCGGCCAGCUACGCAAGCUCCCACUUCCGCGCCUUCUUCCUGGACUAUGACGGCACCCUCACCGGCGCCUCGCCGCUGUCCGCCUCCGCCGCCGCCUCCGCCGCCUCCUCCUCCUCCGGCCUCACCGCCGGCGGCCACCACGGCCCCGGCGGCCUGGCCCCAGCCGAGCCGCUGCUGGCGGUGCUGCGGGCGCUGGUGGCGGACCCGCGCAACCGGGUGUUCCUGUUCAGCUCCAGCCCCAAGGCCGACCUCACGCAGUGGUUUGCGUCCAUUCCGUCCCUGGGCCUGGUGGCGGAGAACGGCUUCUUCCUGCGCGCCAUCGGCAGCGCCGCCUGGGAGACCGCAGUGCCGCACGCCGACUUCAGCUGGAAGCGCAUGGCGGCGCCCAUCCUGCAGCAGUACGUGGAGAGCACGGACGGCUCCAGCGUGGAGGCCAAGGAGAGCGCGCUGGUGUGGCACUACAGGGACGCAGACCCGGACUUUGGCGCGUGGCAGGCCAAGGAGCUGCUGGACCACCUGGAGGGCGUGCUGUCCAACAAGCCCGUGGAGAUCGUGGGAGGGCAGGGGUACGUGGAGAUCAAGCCGCAGGGCGUGUCCAAGGGCCGUGCGCUGGAGCGCCUGCUCGCCGCCGCCUCCGCACCCGCCUCCGCGCCCGCCGCACCCGCGGCCGCCGCCGCCGCGGCCUCGCCGCCGCCCGCCCCCUCGCCCUCCUCCAGCCCCGCGCACGGCGGCCUGGUGGGCCCGCGGCCUGCCGGGGCGGGGUCGGCUGCGGGCGGCCUGGGCGGCCCUGACUUCAUGCUGUGUGUGGGCGACGACCGCAGCGAUGAGGACAUGUACACCAGCAUUGAGAACAUGAAGAGCCUGCCCACCAUGACCGCAGAGGUGUUUGCCUGCACCGUGGGCCAGAAGCCCAGCCGCGCGCCCUUCUACCUGAACGACCCCGUGGAGGUGCUGCAGCUGCUGGCGCGACUGGUCAACGUGCCGCUGACGCAGCAGCCCGUCAACUAGGCAGCGCAGGCAUACAGGCAGACAGCUGCCCAGGCUAGCUAGCUGGCGGGUUGGGCUGGCUGGCUGGCUGCUGGCUGGCUGGCUGGUUUGGGCUGAUUGGCUGGCUGGCUGGCUGGCUGGCUCGAUGUGUGGCUCGCGCGGGCCGACAUAUCUGGUGCGCAGCCCGGCACAGCUACACCGCAACUAGCCCAUGUCUGGGCCGGUAGUUCGGCUGCGUCAGAGAGCGGGCCAGGCCAGGGGGACGAGGACCGGUGAACCGCCGGCGGCGGGGCCGAGUCAAACGCUGACGUGUUUGCUCCGAGACGGUGGUGUGUCGUCAUGCAGUUAGCGACAUGCCCGCCUGCGAGCCCGUUGAAUGGCCGGCCGCGGCGGUGGAGCAGGCGCGCGGGGGGGGGGGGGCGCGCCAGGGGCUGCGGACACCCUGUGUGGGCAUGAAGCGGUGGCGGCAAGGGCACGGAGGCCAGCGGGCCAGGUGGUCAGCGGCCUGCGCACUGAGCGCUUCGACGGCGGGUGUGGCGGUGGCGUGUCGUAUCCCAUGCGGGAAUGGGCGCACUGAACCCAAUUCACGAUACGGAGAAUGCACGCUGCAUGUGGGGCUGGGAUGGGUAUGGCUGGGUUAAGCAAGGGUAGGGCAGCGCGAGGCGGGGCAGCGCAGGGCUGUGAUUGCGCCUAAUACGCGAUCAUGCCUGCUGCGUCCUGUGUUUUACGCCGCGUUGCGCUGUGGGAACGAUCGACGCAUUGUUACACCACUAGGCACGCGUGUGCUGUGUGCCGCAAAUUCCAAAGAUGGUGUGAAGCGGGGUGCGGGGGUGGCCGUAUAGUUGGUGCGUCGGAAGAUAGUGGUGUGGGCGGCGGCACCGGCACCGGUGCGUGUGCGCUUGGACGUGAACUAAGCCAAGGCUGGAUGCGUCUGCCGCACGGGCCUAAGCGCUGGUGUCCAGACCACCAGUGUAGGUGGUGGUAGCAGUGGUGUGGGCGGUGAAGGCGCCGACAGGCGAGGAGCCCGUGCGGGGAGCCCCAGCAACAACCGGACAAGUCGCGUGAUUGCGUGACUUGGGGCAGUGCCCGUGAGGCGGUGUGGAUGUGUGAUGGCAAGAGCCGGCUGUGGGGGCCGGUCAGGGCGCUGAUGGUGCGCUUCCGGGGUUCGGUGCCUCACGGGGUUGGUGUGCGGCGGUGGCGCUGGGUAGCACGGCCCUUUGAUGCGCCUGCGGAUGCGCCACGUUGCGCAAGUAGAGACAGGCGCCGCCUGGGUUACAUAUAUGAGUAACGUGACAGCAACGCAUUUGCUGCGUUUUGUUUGCGCCUGUGGCGUCAGGUGCAGCCCGGCGGUAGCGCAUGAUGUGGAUGUCAGGGUGAGGGCUCGGUUGAAAGGGGCGCAAAAGACUGGCCGAAUCCGGGAGUGCGCUGGCGCGCGACGCGGUCACGAAGUAUAUAUUUGGUAAUGCAAUGCCAUGAAGCUAUGACCUACGCUUCAGGUGUGCCAGUCUGGGCUGCGUCGUGUGAUGGGUUCGUGCCACGGAAGCUCCGAGCGCGUGACACCUUUCCCAGCUAGGCAGAGACUACACAGUCUGGAGCAUGGAAUGCUUACAUCUUUAU